AUGUCCGACGGCAAAAUGAAAAUCUACGAGUUCGGAGAGUCGUGCUGGGCCAAUGUCCCCAAAAUCGCCAUUGCCGAGACGGAUACCCCUUCUGACCAGGUUGAAUGGGUUUCCAUCGUCCUCGCCGAGCCCUGGCUCAUUGUUGUUCAGGGCAAGAAUUUCGACCCCGAGUACCUCAAGAUCAACCCGAACGGGACGGUCCCCACUCUGAUUGUGGACGGUAAGACCUUCACUGACUCUACUACCGUUGUUUCUGAGAUCCUCAAGCGCGCUCCUCACCCUCCGCGCGUGUCCGCUCACACCAGCACCAGCAUCAUCGAGGAGGUCCACGGCGCCAACCACGACCCCAACGCCCUCCUCCUCUCGUCCGUAUCCGACGAAGACCGCCAGGCCAAGAUCAACGGUAUCCCCAAGGGAUUCCUCGAAGGCCGCCAGAAGGCUCUUGACGAAUACACCCCCAAUGCCCCCGCAGAGUUCAAGCGAUUCCUCGAGGAGAAGCAAAAGGGAAACAGGCAGUUCCUCGAGUUUUACACUGGGAACCCGGAUGAAGCGACCAGACAGGCACACUACAAGGCCACCAAGGAAAUGUGGAACUCGGCCGGGAUUGUCAUUCGGGGCGUGAUCACCCAGGCGCUCCAGAAGACUUCGGGGCCGUUCGCGGGCGGUGACAAGCCGGGAGAGCCUGAUUUCCACAUCAUCAGUUGGCUCGCGCGUAUGGCAACUGAUGCCGGUGUCGCUCCUGGUUCCAAGGCGAGCGAGGUCAUGCCUGCCCUGCAGAAGAUUACGGGCGGUCAUGCGUUUGACCCUGUUGUUUCCAAGUACUGGGACGCCUGGACCCAGCGCGAAUCGUUCACCAAGAACAACAUCCACUAG